AUGAAAUUCUCAAAAGAUGUUAGUUCUUCUCGACGUAAAAGUCGAAAAGCACAUUUUUCUGCUCCUUCCUCAGUCCGCAGAAAAAUCAUGAGCUCCUCAUUGACCAAGGAACUUAGGGAGAAGUACAAUACUCGAUCUAUUCCUAUUCGAAAAGAUGAUGAAGUUCGUAUCGUACGUGGUCAUUUCAAAGGUCGUGAAGGAAAAGUAAUUCAAGUUUAUCGUAAGAGAUGGGUUAUUCAUAUUGAACGCAUCAACAAAGAAAAAAUAAACGGUACUACUGUUCCGAUUGGCAUCCACCCAUCAAAUGUUGUGAUAGUUAAGCCAAAGAUUGAUAAGGACAGGAGAGAAUUGCUGGAACGAAAAAAUCGAGCUGCUGACAAAAAAGGUAAAGGUAAAGCAGAAACUGCUAUGAUAGAUACUAAUUAA